GCCAAAAUAAAUGACCAAACAGAAAGACUCGUUGAAUGAAGUAACAAUUCCUCCGCUUUCUCUGAACUUUAAAGGCGUAGAAAGUACGACAGCACUCGGCUCUUUUGCAAUCAAUCUUCUUUAGUUGAUGAGAUGAUGAUGGGUCAAGGAUCAUUUGGUUAUGGAGGAGGAUCUUCAAACUUAUCAGCUUUAGCUCCUCCUUUUACUGUUGAUAGGUCUGUGCCAAAACCACUAGUUGACUUGACUGAACCAACUUCUUAUCAUCACUCUCUGCACAAUUGGGUUAACCCUCAUCAGCCUGAGUUUGAUUACUUUUUCAUCCAAAAACCCGAGCUUGAUUCAAAUUCAUAUAAUAGAUAUUCUGCUUCUUCUAACCCUCAUGUUUCAGUCUCAACUGAUUCUGUUUUAUACGGCCAAAGUGGGGUUACUGGGCUUGAAGCUAAACCUUAUUAUCCCUCUACCUAUAUUUCACCUGCAAUUGGCAACGAUUGUUCCUUGGGAGGAGUCCCCCAUCAUUCUGAUUAUGGCUUAUUGUCUGCUUCUCGUGUUUCUACAUCCAUUGGUUCCUCUGAAGAUUAUACUCAAAGCUUGUCCGGUCAGUGGAGUGGUAUGUGGGAUGGGCUCACAGAUUGGCUGCAGAGUGAACAGGUGCAACUUGAUGGGAGUUUCUGCUCAAAGGAGACUUACAUGAAUCAAGUUGCAGGACUAUAUGCAUCUGAGAGCACAAGCAAAUAUGAAGCUUCUCAAAGUGCUGAUACAGUUGGUAGGGAAACCCAAAUUGAGUCUGCAGGAGUAGGAAAGUUGGAUUAUAAAUCCUUCCUGGGCGAAAAUCGCAAGUUCACACCUAGUGAUUAUCCAACACCUUCAAGCCUGGCAUCUACUUUACUAGUUCCAGAAACCUGUUCUCAGGUACCAUCCAAAAAAGCUGUCAAUUCCUGGAAUCAUCACAUGCCGUACAGUGCUUCAAAUGAAAAAUGCUUGAGAAGGCAUGAUGCUACUUCAAGUGAUAUUGCAACAAUCCUAUAUUCUUCCCCUGCUGUUGUCAUCAAACCACCAGAACACAAUAAAGGUUCAUUAAAAAAUGUGAAUACUAGCAGUGAUGGGGAUAAUAAAGAUUUCUCUUGCAAUAGUCCUUCUGUUGUGGUGGAGCCUCGUCCAUUCAUAACUUCUAAAGGCAGUGUUUGUUAUGAUGCCAGCCAAGUCAGCUUCCACCUAGGAAAGACUGAUCAGGUUAUUGCAAAUUUUUCUUCAGCAAAAAAUGAAGAAUUAUCAAGCAAUCAAAAUGCUUCUAUGGAUGUCUCUGGUCAUUUUGCCGGAGAAAAACCUGUAAUUCAAGUUCCUUGUACAAGUCUAGGUGGCAUAAGCUUAGUGGACAAAAAUGAAGCUAUUGAUCCUGCAAAGAAUCAUACUGAGUCUCUAGAUCAUUACAAUCCUGCUGUGGAUUCACCAUGCUGGAAGGGGGCUCCAGUUUCUAAUUUUUCUCAGCUUGAAGUUUCUGAGGCUGUCACUCCACAAAAUAUGAAAAAUUUAGAAGCCUGCAGUGGUUCAAAUCAUCAAGGUUAUCAAACAUUUUCUGUCAGUUCUGAUGAUGCUGUAAAAGUUUCACCUGAAAAAACAAGUGAAAAGUCAAUCCAACAAAAAGGCUGGAGUUUGGAAAAUUAUUCAGCUUCUUCUAUGAAGAGGCCUUUGGCUGAUAACAUGUUACACAGAGAAGGAAUUGAUCAUUUUGUGAACUUUGGAGCUAAUUGCACAAAGCCUAGCUUGUUCCAUCAGGUUCAAAUUUCUGAUGAUGCCCUCCCUAACAAAUCAUUUGAUGAUUCUAAUGGUAAACUGCCUCAGAAUGAGAAACAAAGUUGUGAAAGUGGUAAAUGGACUACUGAAAGUAAUUCUGCACCAGUUAUUAGUGUUGCUGAUGUCGGGAUGAAUAUGAAUGACGACCCAGAUGAAUGUUCAUCACAUGUUCCAUUCCAUGCUGUAGAACAUGUAUUAUCUUCACCGCCUUCUGCAGACAGUGCUUCUAUUAAGCUAACUAAAGCUUGCGGAGGAGUAUCAACACAGAAGACAUAUAUUAGGACAGUGAUUGAUACUAUGCAGAACCUGUCAGAAUUGCUUAUAUUUCAUUUAUCAAAUGAUCUGUGUGAUCUGAAGGAAGAUGAUUCUAAUGCUCUUAAAGGCAUGAUCAGUAAUCUUGAAUUGUGUAUGUUAAAGAAUGUGGAGAGAAUGACUUCAACACAAGAAUCAAUUAUUCCUGAAAGAGAUGGUGCUCAACUUUCUGGGAAGUCAUCUAAGCUUCAGAAGGGUACAAAUGGGAAUGGCUUUCUGAUAUCUAGAAGCGAUCCUCUUGAAUUUCAAUACUCAGUUAAAUAUCAGCAUGUCCAGGACGAGCAUAACAUUUCUUCUGGUAAGAAUGAUGAGACAUUGUCAAGUUAUGUUUCUGUUAGAGCUGCUGCAGACAUGUUGAAACGUGAUAAAAUGACCCAGGCUAUAAAGAAUGCUCUUACUGAGAAUUUUCAUGGUGAGGAAGAAACAGAGCCACAAGUUCUUUUGUACAAGAAUCUGUGGCUUGAAGCAGAAGCUUCAUUAUGUUAUGCUAGUUGUAUGGCUCGCUUUAAUCGAAUAAAGAGUGAGAUGGAGAAAUGUGACUCAGAAAAAGCAAAUGGUUCACCAGAAAACUGUAUGGUUGAAGAGAAACUAUCAAAGUCCAAUAUUCGUUCUGAUCCAUGCACAGGUAACGUGUUGGCAUCUAAUACUAAGGGUAGCCCUCUCCCAGAUACUUCCAUUCCAGAGUCUUCUAUCUUAUGCACAAGCAGCCAUGCUGAUGAUGUUACGGCUAGAUAUCAUAUCUUAAAAUACCGGGUUGACAGCACAAAUGCUGUGAAUACUUCAUCCUUGGACAAAAUGUUGGGUUCUGCAGAUAAGUUGUCUAGUUCUCAGUUUUCUCCGUGUCCAAACAAUGUUGAAAAAGGGGUAUGUGAAGAGAAAGAUGGCCAAAAGCCAGACAUAUCCAUCCAGGAUUCCUUGGUUUCAAAUACAACUAGUCAUUUAAAUGAUGUUGAAGCUUCGGUUAUGGCAAGAUUUCAUAUCCUCAAAUGCCGGGAUGACAAUUUUUCCAUGCACAAGGAAGAGUCCACAGAAAGUGUUGACCUUGGAUAUGUAGGUUUGCCAAGGCAUUGGCCAACUGGUACGGAUGAAACAGAGGACAGAGUUCUGGAUGUAAAUAUGAGAACUCACUUGCAACAUCAUGAUUGUAACUUUACUGAAGACAAACUGCCAGUCAAGGAGUUCCAUCUAUUUGUCAAGGAUGACCCAGUGAUUGGUUCUCGUGAUAUCAAUAGGCUUGGGGAUCAAUCUCAUGCUAGUUUCUGUGAUGGCUCUUCGGACUGGGAACAUGUACUGUUGGAGGAGCUUGGCCAGACUGUUGAACCUUGAAAUAGAUAAUUGAUAUUUCUCAAUGACGGAUGAUAUCUAUCCUCUCUUGAAUGACAUGUAUAUAAUGUGAUUGGACAUCAGUCUUUCUUGGCUUUCUUUAAGUACUGACUGCUCUUUUCCAUGUAUAAAGCUUUUAAGACUUGUUGCAGCUCAAAAAGGCUUUAAGCUGAAUCACUUUCGUUCA